UAUCGCGUCCCCUUAUUUGUGUAGUUGUGUAGGUCCGUGAUGAACCACUCGUUGUGCUUUUGACUGCCGGCUGUUUCACUUGCACGCUCAAGUGUGAUUAAACAGGUCGAAGAUGGUUGAGGCCACAGAUGCCAGUGCAAGGAUUUGAGCACCAUUGAUGGAAGCUGCAGCGUACAGCCUUAGUGAAGUGCUGAAAGCCUUGCACAGUAAGUGCAUGACACUACACGCAUGUGAGAAUCGGCUUGGUGAUCAGGGUUCCGAACAAGUAGCUCUUGCGUUGGCAGAGAAUUGCUUUGUUCGAACACUACGCUUGCAUGACAAUGAUAUUGGGGAUCACGGUGCCGCAGUACUCGCAGAAGCGCUUCUCAGCAAUCGAUGCUUGUUGACCCUGUCCAUGACACGCAACAGGGUUGGUCCUGCGGGUGCCUGGGAGCUUGGCAUAUGUUUGAGAGCGAACUCACGCUUGACCAAGCUUGAUUUGGGUCAAAACUCCUUGGAAGACGAAGGAGCCAUAAAUUUGUCACUUGGAUUGGCCCAGAACCAUGGAUUACUUUCUUUGGAUCUCCAAGCCAAUAGAAUUGGAAAUCCAGGUGCGGCAGCUUUAGCUGGUGCACUCACUAAGGGUAUCUCCUUGAGAGAGUUGCACCUGCGUGACAAUCGGAUUGACGACGACGGUGCUGAAUCCUUGGCCGGCGCUUUGGCCCUCUCCAAGUUGGUCUUACUGGACCUGAGCUUCAACAUGCUUGGGGGCUCUGGACUACACCAGUUAACAGAAGCCGUGGAGCAGUCAGAAACCAUGACCUCCUUGAGCUUACAAGGUGGUCGUUUUCAAGGUCUUGAGGUGCAGCGCUUGCAAAGUGCAUUGGAGCGAAACAAGCGAACGCUGAUUCUGAUGGUUGAUGUGGUUCGAGCUUUUGAGACGUUGCAGGUCUCUUGCAGAACGAUGUCUGGCAACACCAUGCUGGAGGUUCAAAUCCCUGACGUCACGUCAUUAGAAGAACUUUAUAUCAUGGUGGCUGAUGCAGUUGGAACCCCGGCCUCAUUGCUCAAUCUCAUUGAUCCAAGGGGGGAAAUUCUCGCAGAUUCCCCUGACCUUGUUUCUGAGCAGUUUGCACAGCAGGCCGAGGCAUCGUGAGAGAGCAUGAAAAAGAGUGCACGUUGGCGUCCUGAUGUUGAUGCUGCAAUCGCGGAGGUUGUACCUCAGCUAUGGCGG